ACGGUGAGUGGGCUGUUCUAUUUCUAGUAGAAAAGUAGCUACGUCGACUACGUUUCUAGGUGACAAGAUUGCUCCUGUGUUUGCCUUUGUUGUUGUACCACUGUUCACUUUGAGGAAACCUGUUGGAUCACCGUAUACAGAUUAUUUUCGACACAGAUCUUCAUACAUCUGAGGAGCCAGGAUGCGUCGGAGGGUAUCAUCAUGUAGUAUUCAUUCAGACAACAGCGAACCCGACGUCGAUGUAGUUGCUCAGACAGAGCUGAAUAAGCUGCAGAGGGAGUUUCGCAUCAUGGUAGGAUCUCGGCAGGCAUAUGCCGCAGAGUCAGAAGAUAUGAUCCGGAGACAGUUACGAGGAAUCCAGAGCCUGCAGGACGAGCACGAUGAGUUACAGUGUAACCUUCGCGUGAUACAGGGAAGGAGAUACCAAGACACAGAUGCCACUCAGGACCUCUGCCACAUACUGGUCUUCCACGACAGUGUGGAAUCGCAAACAGACAGGGAGAAACAGACACUGAAGAGCACAAAGCAGGAGAUUUUGAGGCUUGAGAAAGAGAUGGAAGAUAGGAGAAGAGAGAAACUGCCUGUGAUCAGUAGAUGUAGCAGUCGUGUUUUGGAGAACAAACUACACCAGGGGAAUAUACAUUGCAACAAGUUAAUGUCAAAGAAUAGGCAGCUCAGGGAAGAUCUUAAAAUGCUCCACAUUGAGCGAAAACAGUUCAAACAAGUAUACUGCAAACUGGAAAAGGAGUUGGAACUCAUUCAGAGAAAUAUAAGGGAUGCCAUGAAUAAGACCUCUGCUGCAUCUGAUGGAAGGUUGGAUAUGCAGAUGAAGGCCAUGCUUUUAAAAGAGAAAACCAUGAAGGACAUGGUACAACAUAAUGUAGAUAUAGGUGAACUACAGAGGGUUAUCUCCCAUAAUGAUCAGCUCAAGAACUUCAUGAGCAUCAAGAACCAAGAGAGAACAAGUCAGGGAGAGAACCAGGACCAUCCCCGAAAACAAGAGAAAGAAGAGAAGAAAGAGGGGAUAGACAUGGAGAUGUCAUUCAAGAAAAUGCAAGAUGUACUUGGAGAUGACUUGGAACAAAUUGUGACGAAGUUCACUAAAGUUGAGGAUUGGAAUUUUUCUUUACUGAAAUACGUCAAUGAACAGAACACUGAGGCAGAGCAUAUGAAGGACCACAUAGGUCAGAUCCUAAAGGAGAUAGAUCAUCUGAACGCUGAGUGGCAGAAGCAGCAGGAUGAGCACGCUGCUCUAAUCCAAAACAUCACCUCUCACCAGCAGCAGACAGAACAACAGAGGCAGGCCUACGAACUGCGCAUCACAACCAUCAACAAGACUCUGGAGCAGCUCAAAACAGGUAUAAAUGCUGUCCUUAACAAGAUUAACUGUGAUCGCUCUGCAAUCGAUGAGAAAUUGGGAGCCUCCUGUGAUAACAGAGAGAGCAUCAUCAUGGCCUAUGUGGGCCUUGUGGAGCACCGCACCAAUGAGAUGCUUACCAUUCAGUCCUUCCUCGAUGCUAAGGACCUUGACAAGGAGUACAGUGUCGGGGCAACAGCGUGUCACUUGCUGGGGCAGAGUCCCCUAUUGUCCCAACAAGAUCUGAUCAUCAGACCACCUGCUGUUUGGGAUGAUACUGAUACAGAGGAGUGCAAUCUCACCAUGAAGGAAAGAACCCUUUCCAGAGAAGAGCUUUACCCGCAUGCCUUAAAGAGGAUGCAGAGGAGAAACAGAGUCAGCCUUGGGCCUAACUCUGGCCAGCGACGCACCCUAGAUUUGCCUUGAUGGGGGUUUGUGACCUUGUUGGCCUCGGAGGUGGUGUGCUUACAGCUUAUUUUUAUAUGUACAUUUUGUGAGGACAAACAAGUAAGGACUCAAAUUGUUUUGCUGCUCCUUGAACUCCUA